AUGUUCCUCCUCUGCAAUGGUCUCUUAGUCUUUGUCGCUAAGUACUCUGGUCUCAUCGCUUCACCCAAACCAAUAGAGGAAAGUUGGAGCAAGACACAUAAAACGUUUCAUUACCGAGAUUUCGAUAGUUACGAUCCGAUAUUGUGUCUAGAGUAUUAUUCUGUUCUUGAAAGAAAAACAGAGUCAUUUCUUGCAAAGGAAGUUAACGAGUCCCAAGUAGUUUAUGAAACGGUGCCACCUCAUGUGGAUUCCACGGAGGAGGAGGAUGCAAAAGAUGAAGAAAUUGAAGAGAGAGACGAAGUAGAAGAAUAUGAUGAGCCCUCAACAAAUAAUGCUGAUCUAGAACAAGAGUGUGAUGGAUUAGAAGAAGAGGAAGAGAACGUGGGAGUGAUAACUGAGGAAGAAAUGAACAAGAAAUUCGAUGAGUUCAUCAGAAAGAUGAAGGAAGAGCUUAGAAUCGAAGCUAAACGCCACUUAAUCCUUGUGUAA